UUUUUUUUUUAUUUUUUGUUUUUGACAGAUUGAAUUUAAACAAUCAUCCAUCAUUUCAUCAUGGGCUCAUCAAACAGGCACUGGCCAAGCAUGUUCAAGUCCAAGCCUUGCAACUCAACUCUUAAUCAACAGCACCAAUAUCUAAACCCUUCUCUAAUCUCAUACUCACCUGCAACAGGGCCCGGAUGUGAAGGCCGCACUCCAGAACCGAAGCCAAGAUGGAACCCUAGACCCGAACAAAUCCGGAUACUUGAAUCCAUCUUCAACUCGGGCCUGGUCAACCCGCCGAGGGACGAGAUACGAAAAAUUAGGGCUCAAUUGCAGGAGUACGGAGCAGUAGGAGAUGCCAAUGUCUUUUAUUGGUUCCAAAACCGAAAGUCCCGGAGCAAGCACAAGCAGCGCCACCUCCAAACCGCCGCCUCCGCCGGAAAACACCACCAGCCGCCGCCGCCGCCGCCGCCGAUCUCCGCCACCCCCUACUCGCCGCCGUCCUCCUCCGGCAAGUCGUCGUCGUUGUCCCCCAACAGCCCCCCCGGCGUGAUCGACUGCCUGAACUCGCCCACGGCCUCUGUGAACCAGCGGGCCUUUGCUCCGGGCCCGACGGAGUUUCAGCUGGAGGAGCCCUUUUUCUACCAGAUCCAGCAGGAUUCGCCGGUGGUGGGUGGUUUGGGGCAAGGGUUCUGCUUUUCCGGCGGUGUCUCCGGCGGCGGAAGUGUCUCCGGCGGGGGGGCGGAUCAGGGCUUCUUGCUGAGUGAGCUGAUGCUGAUGAGCGGCUGCCCCUCCAAGAUUUUGGAGGACGAUGACGGCGGCCAUGAGAAGAUGAAGUUUGAGGAGCAGCUAGAUUACGGUGUGGUGGGCCCCACAAAAUCCACGGUGUUCGUAAAUGAUGUGUUCUUCGAGGUGGGUGUGGGACCCUUCAACGUGAGGGAGGCGUUUGGUGAUGAUGCGGUGCUUAUACAGUCGUCCGGUCAACCGGUGUUGACCGACGAGUGGGGAAUAACUCUCUACCCGCUUCAGCACGGUGCCUUUUACUAUCUCAUCCGAACCACCAUGCCUUCUUCGCCUCGCGAGCUGAUCACGACCAUUGACUUGGCAAAUAAAAAUGGAGCAAAAGAAUCUAAAAAGCCGACUCACAACAAUCAAAGGGGUCGGUGGACCUCAGCCGCAGCUUUAUCUUCACCGACACCACCACCGGACGGUGAGGAUUCAUUCACACUCGCAUUACCGGGUUUGAAGGAAGGCAGAGGAUUGGAGCCUUUGAUAACCCAUCCGAGGGCGAAGAACGAGAGGCCGGCCAGUAUAGCUGUGCCCCACGCGUGGGAGUACCACUUGCUGUACUGUUUGAUCGCAAACCGCCAUUGCUCCCUGAGCGUGGCGGCGUCGGGAUUCAGCGAUUCCGGCGGGUUUGGGAAGUGGGGGCCGUGGGAGAACCCUCUGCCGGCGGUGGGGAUCGGCGGUUCCGGCGGUGAAGUGGGUUUCUGGGUGGGCUUGGGUUCGGGGAUUUGGGGCUCGCCCAUUGAUUUGAUUGUACUCUCUCGAUGUUUGAGAGUAGUUUAUGCAUUGGUGCUAUUGUACCUUGAGAACAGAAUUGCCAUAAGGGAAUUUCUACUUGGGCCACGUCUCACGUUAUGCGCCGGGUUUAGAGAUAGGGGGAAUCUCAUUCAGGAAAGGAGCCCAUUGAACGAACAAAACAAUCGAAUCUGCUUCUUUCUUGCAUUCAUUUUCUCCUUUUUCAGAUACUACGCAGAGAAGCAGGCCGGACUUCCGUCGGUGAAAAUGGGAAGGGGGAAAUUCAAGGGCAAGCCCACCGGCCGCCGCAAUUUCUCUACCCCAGAAGAGAUGUUGGCUGGUACCUCUUCUCGUCCUCGCACCUUCAAAAAGGAAGAAGCUGAGGUGGCAGAGGAAGAGAUAUCUGAUGUAGAGUCUGAUGAGGAAGUUCAGGAUGAAUCUGAAAAAGCGAAAGGUACCCAAGGUGUCAUUCAAAUUGAAAAUCCCAAUCUGGCGAAGCCCAAGAACUUGAAAGCACGUGAUGUUGAUCUUGAGAAAACAACUGAGCUUUCACGACGUGAAAGAGAGGAGAUUGAGAAGCAGAAAGCCCAUGAGAGGUAUAUGAAGCUGCAAGAGCAAGGCAAGACCGAACAAGCAAGGAAGGAUUUAGAACGUUUGGCCCUUAUACGACAACAAAGAGCCGAAGCUGCUAAGAAACGAGAGGAAGAGAAAGCUGCCAAAGAGCAAAAGAAGGUUGAAGCUCGCAAAUGAUUUCGUGUUUGGAAUAAUAUGAACCUAAAACAGUGUCCUUGGUACAUGGAAGUGUGGAACGAUUCAACUUGAGUUUGCUGGAACAAUAUUUAUACAAGUUUGUCCUGCUAUUAAAGAUGAUUUUUACCUAGCUCUCCUCAUUCCUCUUUCUUUCUCUACAUGUUUUGUAUUUGGAAGAAGACGACUACUUACCUCUGUGCUUUAUCAUAAGUCAGCAGUAUUUUGUCUUAUAUUCAGACAUACUAUAUUAUUGUUUCUACUUUUUAUAUCACACUUACCAUCAUACAAUUCAAUUUUUAUUUAAAUCCCCAAUUAUGACAAGCAUAAAUUUAGUUCAUAUAUGCAUAUAUGCAUUCCACUUCGGGGGAUUUAGUGCAUAUUCAAUGCUAUUAAGUUGUAGUUUGACAAUUGUUCCAAAUGGCAAUAAAU